CUUCAUUUUAUAGAGGAAGAACAUGAGUCCCUUUAAGAGAAAGCAAAUUGUCUGAGCUCAUGUGGCACACUGGUGCCAGAGCCGGGACUUCAUCCCAGGCCUCUUAGCUCGUCCUUUAGGGCUUUUUCCACUCUACCUGCCUGCGUGUGUAUUUGUGAUAUUUAAAUGCGUUCACACAGGGAGGGAAAGAGAUUACUAAUCUUCUCCAUCUACACAAACUGUCUACCAGAGAGAUGGGCAGAGCAUGGCCAAAAGACACUGGAGGCAUUAUCUCUCGCUUCUCCCUGCCGUAUUCAACGAGCUAGAUUGCGAUCUUCGGAGCGGCAGUCCCCCCGCCUUGCUGGAAAUGUUGAAACACUUGUGACUGACCUCCAGUGACACAGAAGCUUCUGGGUAGGGGCUGGAGACAGGUGGGGGAGAUGUUUCUGUUAGGAUAUCGCUGAAACACACACUGGAAUCAGACUGUGCUCAGAGUCCUGGGGUAAGUACUAUUUGUGAAGACAGGAUUUUAAAUUAGUUUGAAAUGUGCAUUUGCUUGCGAACAUAUGUGUGUCGAAGUUUUAGAGAGGAUUCUCUGUUUAUGUGCUGAGAUUCCAAGGUGCAGAAUUCAACUUGAAAUCGGCUUACAGUGAGCCUAAGAUUACACUUGAUGGACGUGAAUUUCUUGUGCCUGAGACCUGAGAUCUGUCUGCACUAGCAGCGGCAGCAGCCAUCGGGGCUCUGGCCAGAAGGCUUAAAAACUGAAAUAUUGGGAGAGGAAAGCAGUUGAUCCUCAAGUAGCUGAGUUUCUCCGAGGGAAAUUUGUUUCAAGAGCCCUGGAGUCCUGAGCAGCUCCUGACCUCUUGCAGAUCUCCAGGAGAACCCUGCCAGUGGCACUGCUGAGAGACAAGGUCCCAGGGUGGUUCCUGAAAGUGCCUGAGCCCCAACUUAUGAGCAAGGAGCUUGUCAUGCUGACAACAGUCAUGGAGCUCUGGCACGGCUUAGUGAUCGCGGUGGUGUCCUUCUUCCUGCAGGCCUGCCUCCUCGUCAUCUUCAACUACCUGCUCAGCAGGCACAUGGCCCACCAGAGUGAAGAGAUACUGAAAGCGACCAGGCUCCAGGUCCCCAGGCCCAGCCCUGUCCACCAACAUCCACCUGCUGCCAAAGAGAUGGAGACUCAGACAGAGAUAGACGCCCUAGUGUCUGAUCCCUGUUACAGGCAUGACAGCGACACAUCCUCAGACAGCUCAGGUGGUUCCUGCAGUUCACCUCCCGUCUGCCAGGCCACCGACCAUGUGGAUUACACACAAGUCAUCUUUUCAGCCCCUGGAGAACUAAAAGAUGACUCUGCCCUGGACUAUGAGAACAUAAAGGAAGUCACAGAUUAUGUCAAUGUCAAUCCAAAAAGCCACAAGCCCAAUUUCUGGAAUUUUGUCAACCCUGCUCUGUCUGAGCCAGUGGAAUACAAUCAAGUGGCCAUGUGAAUUCUGGAUGUUUUUAAUGGGGUCCAGUUCUCUAUGGAUUCUUACAUUUAAUUUGUAGAGGAAUGCCAUUUUUCCCCCUUAAACAAAGCAUGGGGCUCCCAAGGCUAUGGAGACAGGCCAAAAAUAAUGUGGAGAAGAAAACUGACAAUCCACAGAAGUCCGCAGCACCCGUGGACUCCCGUUCUGUACCCAAUAAAGGCUGUUCAUUCCUCAAGAACCCAAAACAAGCCUUAGGUAGGAAAACAGGCCUAUGCUCCGGCAAGAAAGAUUCAGAUCAGAUGGAUGUUAGGAAGAACUUUCAGUUAAAAUAUGAGAACCAUGGAGUCCAUCUGCAGAGAUAGGGGUGAAGUCUCUCCCCAGGGAAAAUUUUAAAAAGUUUAAUCAGCUGUGGUAGAGUUCUAUUUGGCAAACUCAUGGCUAAAUGACUUACCUUUGAGCUCUUUAAUUAUUGGCAAGAAACAACUUCUUUAAAAGUUUUAAAUAAAAUAGCAACUACCACCAGUUCCUCUUUUCCUGCUGCCUAACGCUGCAGCUGUCCUUGUUUUCAGCGAUGUAUUUUGCUGAGUAAUCGUCCUCUGCCCUCAGAACUUUAGACAGUGUAUUUACAAAGCCCACCAUCAAUCAACCUUUGAAUUUUCUGUUUCUUAUAAGCCAAAGACGACAAAUGGAAUUCUGGUAAAUAACAACCAGCAUCAUAAUCUCUUAUUCCAAGAAAAAUCUCCCAAAACUCAAUAUAAUAAAAUUCAAGAUUCCUUCCUGUGUUGGGUUUUUUUUUUUUUAAAGCAAUUAG